AUGGAAAUCAGGCCCGAGCGCAGCAGCAAGGCCGACGACCACGUCAAGGGCGGUGUCAGUGACGAGCCAGUCGUACUCAGAGGAUCCAGCAUCAAGCUCAGGCUCCUCAUCCUCGAAACCAAAGUCUUGCUGGCACUGGUGAGAUCGCGUGACAAUUGUUCCGACGACGGAGAUGAUCUCCUGCAAUGCACCAUCCUGCGCGACCAAAAUAGAAGGACCACAAGCCUUGAGAGUGGCGGCGACAUUUCGGUUGAUGUCGGUCACCACAGCCCUAGUGCACUCUUUGGAAAUGGUUCCGUGUACGUACCUUUCGUGCUCGUCAGGCCAUGCCUUCAGAGUAGGGACCAAGAUAGUCUGUGCAAUAGUGAUGAUGGAAGGAGGGGGCGUUUGCUUGGGGGGCAUACCAGGCUCCCAUUUGGAGCCAGAGCCGUCCUCCCAAACCUGGAAGACACGGGCAUAGAUACGCCAGAGAGUGGAAAUGGCAGUCUUGCGGCAGCCUUCGUACGAGUGGCCGGUAAAGGGGAGGACCUUCUCGAUGGUCUUCUCAACAACAGUCUCGAGAUCGUUGGUACCACACGAGUGGGAGAUGAUGUCGCCAAGAACGUCGAGAGCAAUCUCCUGCUCAAGAGCCACGGCGGUGACAGCGCCAAGUCCCUCAAGAUCUUCGAGAUCAUCCCAGUCAUCAUCACCCUCGGCCAUUUCAUCUUCCUGGUCAUCAGAGGAGGCCUUGACCUUGAUCUGCUUGCCGCCGACCACGAGGGAACCGUCGACGAGUCCGCUGGUAUCCAGACCAGAGAGAUCGAUCUCUUCCUCUUCAAGCUCAAGGGAACCCUCAAGAGCACCCUUGAGGAAGUGGUUGAAGUCCUCCUUGUAGACCUUGGCAAGGUUGGACCAAAGAAUAAAGCUGGUCUCUUUGAGACGAGGGUUGUCAAUGCCCAGAGCCUCCUCACUUGCUUCCAUCAGCUUCAUGACGUAUGGCUGGAAGGCUUCGGGACCAACAGCCAAAGCGAUGCGACCCAUGCUGUCGCAGGUAGAGCUUCGCAGCUCCAGAGCUUCAUCAUUCUCCUUGGCAACAACGAACUUUCCAAGAGCUUCCAUGACAUCGUUGAAGUAGGGGAGGAAGUCCUUCUCCAUCGCAGCAGCAAUGGCACCAAGAGCCGAGGCGGCAGAAGACUUGACGCCAUAAUUAGGUCCGUACUGAGCCAUGAUCUUGGUGUCAACACCAUCACCGAGUGUGUCAAGGGCAGUGCAGGCAGAGCGGAUAAUGUUGAUGUUCAUCUUGUCGGAAGGACCUUCGGAAGCGGCCUGCAAGUUCUUCAGGACAGCAUUGAUAAGUUCCUCGUGGUGGGAUACCAUCUCAUCCACCAUCUCUUCGGAGAGGUGAAUCAGACCAAUCAGAGAGGCAUAUCUGACCUGAGUCUCGGCGUCGCUCAAAAGUCUAACAAUGAUAGGGAGGAGAGGCUUCAGCUGAGUGGAGAUGAAGUCAGGGGCACCCUCGGCAGCAUUACCGAGAGCAAGCAUGGCGGCCAUACGGAAUUGAGGCUUCUGGUGAGCAGCGAAGAUGGGGAACUGUUCCAGAAGGGGGACAAUGACUUGACGGGGAGGAAGCUCGUUAGCAAGAGUAUCGACAAGUCUGAUGGCGCUGCGGGCAGGAGUAAGCUCCUCGUCAUCGUCAGUCUCAAUCUCGCCAAUGAUGUGCAUGGCCUUGACCAUGAGCUGAGAGCCCAUAUCCUUCAUAGCCUGAAUCUUCAUGCGGCGGUAGCCAACCGACAUGACGAGGAAGUUGAUGGCCUGAGUACGCGCCUCCUCAUCAACCUCGGUGUUGGCAGCAAUCUCCAGAACCAAGUCGAGAAGAUCCUUAAGGUGCUGACCCAGCAGGUUGGGGUCGUGAGCAACGAAGGUCUCGAAUACCUCGAAGACAGUGUUGUAGCCCUCGCUGUCCUCAUCCUGAAUAGUAGCCUUGAGGAUGUUGACGAGGCCAGGCAAGAAGCCCUGGAGAAGCUGUGUUGCCUGAGGGUCCUCCUCUGGCUCAACGAGAGGGGCAAUGACACCAAUCGCGCGAACAAUGUUGACACGAACGUCCUUGCUCUCGGGGUCCUCCAGACGAGAGCCGCACAGCUUGAGCAAAUCGUGGAUGUGGUCGAGGAAGUGCAUUGGGUUGUUCUCGAGCAUGGCGUAAAGCAGAGUAAGAAGCUGCUUCAAAAACUCCUCGCCCUCCUUGUUCUUGAUGUCCACUCCAACAAUACCAGCAAUCAAGCGGCAGGCAGAGUGGCGCAGGUUGUUUGCGGUCUCCUUCAGAAGCCCAUCGAGAAGGUGUGUGCGAGCAAGCUGGCGCUGGUCCUGGGCAGUUUUCUCGCCCCAAUACUUGGGGACGAGGCGGAGGGCCUGCACGUAAGCGAGCUGGCGGACAUCCUGAGCUUCGUUGGUGAGAGCGAUCUCGAUCAAAAGGAGAAGCGACUCGGGCUUGGAGUAGAAGUCCUUCUGGAGUUCGGCAGUGGCGGCCUUAACCUGUUCGGUGUUUGCUGCGAAGCCUCAUAA